UGGGUCAUAGAUUUUGUAAUUCAGUCACUUAUUCUUAUUGCUUGGAUAAAUUGCUCAAAAAAGAUGAAAAUUAUUGUAGUGUUAGCCGCAAUUUUUGCUGUUAGCCUUGCUAAAUCAGUAAAUCUACUACGAACUUCCCAAAUCACUGAUGAACUAAUCAACGACCCCAGAUUUUUAAUAUAUGAAGUCGAAGAAGGACUAUUUGAAGUUGACGACCUUGAAACCAGUGUUGCCAAUAUUACGACGAAAUCUCUUAAUGAAGAUGUUACUUUCUAUAUUUUCACCCCAGAAAACCCUGAUAGAGGUGUACAAGUAAGAGCCAGUCAGCUCCACGAUAUUGUCCGCAAGACUGGAUUCAACAUCCGUAGACAAACCUUAGUGGUUAUUCAUGGUUGGAGAAAUGACUAUACAGCUCCUGUCAAUGAUCGCAUCAAAAACGCAGCUCUUCGCAACCACAACAUUAACGUCAUUGUAGUUGACUGGAGCCCCAUCGCCUCAAGAAACUAUGUCACUGCUAAAGGAUCCGUUUUGGCUGUAGGAAACUAUGUUGGUGACUUCUUGCUCCGUCUUGAUGAUGAACUCGAUCACAGACUACAUAAAAUGACCAUUGUUGGACAUUCACUUGGUGCGCAUGUUUCUGGCAACGUUGGUGCAAGAACCAAAGGACUCAUUACCACGAUCAUUGGUCUUGACCCCGCUGGUCCAUUAUUUUCAGCUAAAAACAUCAACAAUCGUUUGGACCCAACUGACGCUGAAUAUGUGCAUGUAAUUCACACCAACGAUAAACGUCUUGGGUGGGGUAUCAAAAUGGGACAUGCUGAUUAUUUCCCCAAUGGUGGAAAAAGCCAACCAGGAUGCGGUCUGGACAUUUCUGGUAGCUGUGCUCACGCCAGAGCCUACAAAUUUUUCGCCGAAAGUCUUGAUAACGACAAUUUCUCUUCUAAACUUUGCGGAAGCUAUUCUAAUUUCCAGAAGAAAAGGUGCGGUGAAAAUGUACCCAGCAACAUGGGUGGAUUUCCCAUAGUUAGAACAUCAACUGGAAACUACUACCUGUAUACAAACAAAGGAUCACCUUUUGCCCGUGGAUAAGCAUUUCUAGUGUUUUAUUAUGUAAUAAAUUUCAUGCAUCUCUCAAUGUAACGCUGUUUUUUGCUUUUUUUCCUCUACAAAACCAGUUUUUGGAAAAAAUAUAUCACAAUAAUGCAAGUCAACAAGUACU